CUCAGUCUUGGCGAGAAGAGUAUGAUUUUCAGGCAACCCUGCUCAGGCUAUUGUGAAGUAAUCUCAAGUUGAUUAGCUUCUCUUCUCUCGAAUUCAAGUCAGAAAAACGAAAGAACUCUAAGCGAAGCGAUUAAUCCUUAGCGGACAGUCAGAUAUUCCAAUUAUGAAUGAGGUGGUUGAGACAGUAGUUAAUAUUCUGGUGGUCUUCUACUGCUGCUUAGAAGGAAUAGUUCUGUUCUUCAUACCUCGACGAUUUAAAUACAAAGAUAUAACUAAUGAGAUUGUCUUAAUCACAGGAGCAGGUAGUGGCAUCGGGAGACUCAUGGCUAUCAAAUUUGCUAAAAAGGGUGUCAUUUUAGUAUUGUGGGAUAUCAACGUAGAUGGUAACGAAGGAACUGCAAAACUUGUGAGAGAGGAAGGUGGAAAGGCUUAUACAUAUAAAGUGGAUGUUACAGACAGAGAAGCUGUUUAUAAAACGGCUGCAAAAGUAAAAGAAGAUGUAGGCAUCGUAACUAUUCUAGUUAACAAUGCUGGAAUUGUGAGUGGCAAAAAAAUUCUGGAUUUAGACGACAAGAUGAUAGAAAAAGUUUUCAGUGUGAAUGCUUUGUCUCACUUUUGGAUCACCAAAGCAUUUCUGCCAGACAUGAUAAAAAAAAACCAUGGACACCUUGUGUCCAUUGCUAGUCUAGCUGGACUAGGAGGCAUGCCACAACUAACAGAUUAUUGUGCAUCUAAGUUCGCAGCAGUUGGCCUAAUGGAAUCACUUUAUGUAGAACUCCAUGCAGAAGGAUAUUCGAAUAUCCAUACCACCACUGUUUGUCCUUUUUUCAUCAACACUGGAAUGUUCAACGGUGCCAAAGCAAAGAUGUUUCAAAUGCUUGAACCGGAUUAUGUUGCAGAAGAAAUUUUAGCCGCUGUUUUAUGUAAUCAACAAAUCAUUUUAAUUCCUAGAAUUUUCUACAUUUUGAACGUUGUGAAAACAUUGGUACCAUCAAAGGCUCUGUUAGCACUUCAUGAUGCAUGUGGUGGCUCAAUGUCAAUGAAGGCCUUUACUGGACGAAAUAUGAAGUCUAAGGAACAGUAAAUAUCAUAACAAAAAAAAGAAGGAUUUUCAUAUCAGUACAAAUUUCCUUAUGGAGCUCAUCUGUAACAUCUUUUCAUUCUGCAGUACUUCAGUUAUUUGAAUGUAUUAUACAUUAUUUCUCAUAAAGAACAAACCUAAGGUGA